AUGUCAAUAGGAAAAGAUAAAUCUAUAAAGACAGAGAAUAAUAAAGAGUGUUGUAAUAAUAAAACAAGUAAGAUUUUGAAAGGCGUAACCAUGGGCUUAUUGAAGCAAUUAUUUUUCUGCUUUCGCUUUUAUAUGGACAUGUGCAUAGACUUUCUUUUUUCAUUAUACUGGGAUGGACAGCGUAGAACAAUACCAUCUUUGGAGAAAAAACAUAAUUUGCUUAAAGAAAGUGCUGUGACUUUGGCGGCAAAAAUAAGGAAUAAAGAAUUAAAGUCGAGAGAUUUAGUGGCCGCUUGCAUUGAGAGGAUUAAAAUUGUGAAUCCUUAUUUAAAUGCAAUAACUGAUGAGAGAUUUGAGGAUGCUUUGAAAGAUGCAGAAGAGGUGGAUAGAAUGAUAGAAAAGGGCUUAUCAGAUGAGGAAUUCGAGAAGAAACCCUUCCUAGGUGUUCCAUUCACGGCGAAAGAGAGUCACGGUGUACUCGGUAUGUUACAUACACUCGGCGUGACCGCUAGAAGCGGCGCACGCGCAACUGAGGACGCGGAAUGCGUACGUCUAUUGCGAAAUGCUGGUGCGAUACCUGUAGCUGUCACCAAUGUACCGGAGAUUAAUAAAUGGCAAGAAACACGCAAUAUGUUGUUCGGGCAGACUAACAAUCCAUACCACACAGGACGAACUGUCGGAGGCUCUAGUGGUGGUGAAGCCGCUCUUUGCGCAGCCCUAGCUAGUCCUAUAUCGCUGUGUUCCGAUAUCGGUGGUUCGACUCGGAUGCCUGCAUUUUUCUGUGGACUUUAUGGCCUCAAUCCUACACCUGGUCACACUAGUCUUAAAGGAUCGGUACUCCGAACUGGUCAGAACCCUACAAUGGCAUCGAUUGGCUUUGUAAGUAAACACCUGGAAGACCUGGCGCCUCUCACUCAAGUCGUAGCCGCAGAAAAGGCAGAUCUACUCAACCUGGAUAACAAAAUCGACAUUAAGGACGUGAAAUAUUUCUACACGGAAUGUGCCAAGGACCUUCGCGUGAGCCCUGUUUGUUCUGAACUGAGAAAAGCUAUGAGAAGAGUAAUAAAGCGUCUCUCCGACGAGUGCCCCAGUUCCCCCACUCCGUACUACCACAAUGGGUUUAACUAUAUGUACUCGUUAUGGAGACACGCUAUGACCAAAGAGAACGAACGCUUUGCAAGUCUGCUUCUCGAUAAUGCGGGAGAGGUUCACGGAUUAACAGAGUUGGGGAAGAAGUUGGUAGGAAAAUCUGAAUUUACUGCUGCAGCUAUUAUUAAAGUAUUGGAUGACCAAGUGUUGCCACCUGUUAAUAAAGAGUGGGGAGACAAACUUGCAGAGGAAUUGAAGAAAGAUCUUGUGAACAUCCUUGGUACAAAUGGUGUGUUAAUAUUCCCAUCAGCACCUCAGCCUGCGCCAUACCACUACAGCCUGUAUCUUCGGCCAUUUAAUUUCUCAUACUGGGGGAUAUUCAACGUCCUGCAUUUGCCUUCCAUUCAGAUCCCUCUAGGCCUUAACGCGGAAGGUAUUCCGCUCGGAAUCCAGGUCGUGGCUGGUCCGCGACAAGAAGCCCUCUGCCUCACAGUUGCGAAGCAUUUGCAGACUAUGUUCGGUGGAUAUGUGCCGCCUUGUACUAUUCAUGAUUAA